AUGCUGCCAGCCUUUUUCACUUUGCUCUGCCAAGCAGCGCUGCCGGCCAACAGACCCAGCUGGCCUCCAGCCUCCGCAACGGGCCGGCGGACUUGGACCUUCGGCCCCGAGGCUUGCCGGUUGAGUCUGGACGAUGCCGACAUGCGCCUUCUCCGAGUUCGUGUCGUCUCCACGGACGACCUCAAGUCCCCUCCGGACUGGCACACUUGCACAUUGUCCGUCCGCAGGUCACUUCAUUCCGGUCAGCGAGGCCGAAGGAGAUAUCUGGCCAAUGUUUACGCCUGA